CGCGAGAAAGGCGAGACUGCGGGAUGAAGAGGCAGGCGCGAAGAGUCGCCGUCGAACUGCACGGCCGUGAUGACAUCGCGGAAGUUGGCGAAAGGCGAUUUUUUUUACGGUCGGUCGCGGCUCAGACGAGGACUAAGUGCGUCUUUUUCCGCGAGAUCGGCGCUUCGGAAAAACGGAGAAACGCGCGGUCGAUACAUACGAGGUUUGAUCAGAAAGUAACGGGAAUUUUGAAAUUGCGCGCGCUGUAUCUUGUCUGCUCGGUUGAUUCUGUUUUUUGUGUGUUGGUAGCACUGCCAGUGACGUAUGUGUCGAUUUUCAGGCAGCUGCGACGCAUAGUUUGUGUUUGGCGAGCGAAUGAGCAAGACGUAUACUUCAGUGUGUUUGGCGAUUUUUUGCGUGGCGAAAUCAGUCGGACCAGAGAGUUUGUCUGAAAUUUUGUGUUAAAAACGGAAUUAAGUGCAGCGAAGCGUUCAAAAUGUUAAAGGAGGCCUUUGGCGACGAUACUGAUAUGUCACAACCACGAGUUUAUGAAUGGUACAAACGCUUUCAGGAAGACCGAGAAGACAUCGAAGAUGACGCGAGGUCUGGGCGUCCUAGCACGUCCACCAAUGAUGAACACGUGGAAAAAGUUAAAGAGAUUGUGCUUGCUAAUAGAAGAAUCACCAUUAGAAAGGUUGCUGAAGAAAUAGGAAUUUCAUACGGCUCACGCGAAGUGAUUUUUACUAAUGUUUUGAACAUGAAACGAGUGGCAGCGAAAUUUACUCCGAAACUGCUGAAUUUUCAAGAGAAACAGCAUCGCGUAACCAUCGCAAAACCACCUUGUUCUCCAGACAUGGCCCCCUGUGACUUUUUUCUAUUUCCCAAACUCAAAAGGACACUCAAAGGACAACAUUGUUUUUCAACAAUAGAUGAGAUAAAGGCGAAAUCGCUGAUCCAGCUCGAGACGAUACCUAAAGAGGCGUUCCACCAGUGUUUCUCAAACUGGAAACUACGUUGGCAGUAAUAUAAUACGUAUCA